AUGAGGAAAGUCUUGUUUUCCUCAGUCAAGCCGUCUUGUACUACGCCCCGAUUAUCCUGUCCAUUGGUCCAGUACAAUCAGCUUCGGUCUGCAUUAUCUUCCACUGCGUCGCGCUCAAUGACAUACAAACAUGAGUCUGUCCCCCAACUCUUAUACGUCCCCAUCGAGGGCGUUGAAAGACUGGAAAAUUACCGGACAGGGGGUUAUCACCCUGUUGAAAUUGGGGAUAAUUUUUGCGGUCGAUAUCGAGUAGUCCACAAGCUCGGUUACGGAUCGUACUCGACGACGUGGCUAGCCCGUGAUGAACAGUUAAAGAAAUAUGUGGCAGUUAAAGUCUGCACUGCAGACUCAGAUCCACAUGAAAUCAACACUUUAUCCGCUCUGACAAGAAGCCAAUCUUCCUCCGCCAGAAGCGUAGGUGAGACUAUGAUCCCUUCGGUUUUAGAUACGUUCAACGUUCAAGGCCCGAAUGGUAGCCACUCAUGCUAUGUGACUGUUCCAGCGAGAACUAGUCUCUCUGGUGCCAAAGAUGGGUCGUGGAAACGCCUCUUCCAACUUGAUGUCGCGAGGGCGUUGGCUGCGCAACUUACGAUUGCUGUCGAAUAUAUACAUGCUCGUGGAGUUGCUCAUGGAGACCUUCAUCUCGGAAAUAUCCUUCUCCAAUUGCCAUCGGACUUUGACCAGCUCUCAAUCGAAAGACUAUACGAGAAGUAUGGAGCACCAGAGAUGGAACCGGUGACUCAUUUAGAUGGCAAGCCUCUUCCGCCGGGUGUCCCGUCCCAUGGCAUCUCACCAGUAUGGCUUGGGGAAGCCAGUGAGAAAAUCGCCCUUUCGGAAGCUAGGAUCCUCCUCACAGAUUUUGGUGAAGCAUUUUCGCCUUCAGAAAAGCCAAAGUAUGGAUCUCAUGCCCCUCUUGGGAUCCGUCCCCCGGAGGUACGAUUUGAACCAACAAAGCCUCUGUCGUUUUCAUCAGAUAUCUGGAUGCUCGCUUGUACUAUCUGGGCUAUUAUUGCUCAGAGGCCGUUAUUUGAAAGCUUUCUUGCGACAGAGGAUGAUAUGACUUGUGAGCAUGUCGACGCUCUCGGUAUUUUACCACUCGAGUGGUGGCAGAAGUGGGAGCUGCGACGAGAGAGAUUCACGGAAGAUGGUACUCCAAUAAACCAUAACCCUUAUCGAUCGUGGGCGGAUCGUUUUGAGGACAGUAUACAGCAACCACGCCGAGAAAGUGGAUUGUCACCUUUUGACCCAGUGGAAAGAGAUGCCAUCUUUGCCCUGUUACGAUCCAUGCUGUCAUUUCGGCCUGAAGACCGACCCACGGCCCAGAAAGUUCUUGAGUCUGAAUGGAUGGUGAAAUGGGCUCUGCCCGAAUAUGAGAGGAUUGGAAAAUCCCUUUAG